UAAAGAGAAGGAGAGAAAGACGAGAGCAAAAUGGAGAAGAGUUAGAGAAAGAGGAGAAACCAGAUAGAGAGAGAGAGAAGAUGAAAAUGGAGAGGAGAUCGAGGAGGACAGCACUCAAACCAUAUGAAAACGGUGAAGAAGGAGGUAGAUCGGAGAGUUCAAGAACAUGAGCAAGUUCCAGCAUCAUGUUGCACUGCUUUGUUAGAGCUAUACUGGAAACCUUUCCAGAGCUUAAUCAACAUUUAUUACAGAGCCAGCAUCUCUCUUUCCUUCCUCUCAUUCUGCCGUCACUGACUGAGCACUGGGUUCUCCUCCGUGGUACCUCGGCAGAACUCCAGCCUUCUUCUCGACUUGGUGCUCCUGAAGGUUUGGAAAGGAGACUGAAAUUCACCUCUUCUUCUUCACAUUCUGAAUCACUCUGUGGCCGACGGUGGUGUAUGUGUAUGUGCUCGGUCUUCAUCUUCUUUUCCUUUCUCAGUUACAAGCAUGGCGAGAGUGUUCUGGUGCUAGUGGGUCAAAGGGAAAAGACAUUGGCUGAGUAGAGAUUUCUCACUAAGCCUUUGUAAGGUUUUGG